UUUGCCUAAAGUGAUCUUUAAACGGUGUAAGUGUCAUGCCUCCAAGUUAAGGUAUUUGAGAAGUGCAAGAAGGCAAAUCAAAUCCAAGUGAUGUGAUUCACCCUCUUUCACUUUGAUAUUUCCGACAGUAUCCUGAAGGCAGCACGUCUUGGCCGCUCAUCCGCCCAAUCUCCACUCCAGUCUGAGCGGUUUGUCUGGAUGCAGCAGUGUGUCAACUGUGACACGAGCUCUGAACAGAUGGACCACCUACAUUUGAAGAUGAUGUGGAGUGUUGUGAUCCUGCUGGCUGCUGCCCUCAGUGUGGAGUCCUACACCGUCCAUGACCUUCAUGAGCGUUUGGCCCAUGGUCGCCAGCUGAAGAUCUAUCUGCCCAAAAGUGUGGAGAAGCUGGAGUUUAUCCCAGCUGAUGAGCCCGGCAAGACCUUUCUGUACUGGGAGAAGGGCAGACACAGGACAAACAAAGGCAGGGUGUCUGGCACUGGCAGUGACCGUCGCUGGUACAUUGACAAGGUGACUUAUGAGGACCAAGGGACAUACAUCCAAAGAGACUACUGGAAUAAAGAGAUCUCCACUGUCAAAGUGGCCGUCAUACCCAGACACAACUACCUGAAGUGUAUAGCAGGAGAGAGUCUUUACAUCUCCCUGGAGGGUCUUGACCUGGCUGAUGCUUUCCUAACAUUCUCUAAAGACAGUGCCAACUUAACACUGGUGCGUGAUGGUGCUCGGGUGUCUCAGGACCUUCCGGAUUAUUGGGACCGGGUUCUGACCCACUCCAUGAACAUCGAGAUCAGGAAUGUGAACUUUAGUGAUGAGGGCCAUUACACCCUUAAAGACCGCAGGGACCGCGUGGUGUCUGUUACCAGGAUGGACCUGACAGACCAUCAUGAAGAAGGAAACCCUCUCUUGGCUCUGCUCUUACUGCUGGGCAUCCCGGCUGGGAUUUGCUGCUGCUGUCGGAAGAAGAUUUUCAAGAAGAAGGCCACCACUGCUGCGACGCUGCAGACUACACCAGAUGCAGUCCAUCCUCCUCCCAGUGGUCCCACUGGACCUUGUCCUCCCUACAGCUCUCCCGGACAACCAGGAGUGAUGUACUACCACGGCCCAGACCCUAACAUGGCUCCUACAGUCCAUCCUCCCCCUGCACCAACAGGCCCAGGACAGUGGAAUGGCCCCCCACCCUCCCCAGGUUUUAACCCAGCCUACCCACCCCAAAACCCUGCCUACCCUCCUGCCGGUCCAGCUAUGAUCCCCCCUGGCCAGCCUCCACAAUGGAACGGUCCACCACCAGGCCAGUACCCACCCGGGCCUGCAGCUCCAAUGGGCUAUGGUCCAGCUCCAGUCAUGUAUAGCGCUGCUCCACCACCAGCAGCCAGUGGACCUCCUGAGGAGGUUAAGAUGCAGAAUAUGGCUUCCUCACCUACCGACCCCUUGCUGUCCAACACACCACAGGGUGUAGCUGCGUCUUCUCCUGUGGCUCCUGUGGUCCCCUCCAACAUUCUCAGCUCUUCUGAUAGUGACUGCACGUUCAAGAUCGAAGGAGACAAAAGCUCCUCCUUCCUGUAAGGAUGCGAUCUCUGGAGCAUCUUCCUCCCAGUCCUUCCUCACUUCGAUAUUACAUCUGUGACCAGGCACAGGUGGAAACAAUGGACAGCAUUUGGACAGUAGACUCUUUUCUUUAUCUCCUUGCCUAGAUUAGUAUUUUAUCCCCUAUUUGAAUAUGGAAAUAAUGUUUUCAUAGUCUAAAUGAGCAGUGAUGUCUGGUAUAAAGUCUAGUGGCUCAGGCAGCUGAGUUUUGGCAGCAGGACUCAGUUAUUUGAGGAUCAAAUUUCCAGAGGUGAGGAGAUAAAGAAAGGUGUUUUCUUGAAGUGUUAGCAUGUGGAAUAGAAAUGUAAUAACUUCUGAAGGGUAAAUCUUAAAAACAGGGCUGGGUUCAGUUUAAGAGAUGUCAUAGCAAAUGAUUGUGGCUUUUAUCCACAGUUUCACUGAUUCCAGCCCCGUUUUUUUUUUUUUUUUUUUUUCUUU